AUGGGCGCUGAAGACGGUACCGUCUGGCAGUACGAAAUCGAGUCUGGCCGGAUGGAGAAACUACUUGUUCGAUGCGCGCUACCGGUGCGCGAUAUCGCCGUUUCGAAGGACGGGGAGUGGGCGGCUGUUGCGAGCGAUGAGCUUACGGUCAAGGUUGUGAACAUCGAGGACAUGACAAAGGUCAAAUAUCUCCGGGAACAGGCCAAGGGAACAAAACAUGUCACUUUCGACCCCAGCGGGCGGUACGUUACAGUGUCAUGUACGGACGGGAUGCUCUAUAUCUAUUCAAUGCUCUCCGACGAGCCUGAGCUGGUUCGCAAGGUGGAUGGAGUGAUCCGAAGGCUGGAACCGGAGGAUGAAGCGACCUCGCAGAUUGUGUGGCACCCGGACGGAACGGCAUUUGCGUCUGCGGAAGCGACUCGGGAUAUCGCCAUCUUCUCGGUGGGCGAGUGGAAGAAAGAGAAAGUGUUCUCUGGUGGGCAUAACGGGGAGGUCACGGCGAUUAGCUGGUCGCCUAAUGGGGCGCUACUGGCGACUGCCGGUAAAGAUGGCCAGGUUCUGCUCUGGGAAACGAAGUCGCAAAAGGUUCUGGAGCGGUACGAUUUUGCGAAUGUGAUCAACCUCGCUUGGCACCCGAGCAAUAAUUCGCUGUCAUUCACGACAUCCGACGGAGAGCUGUUCAUCUAUGAUGGUAUUGUGCCGAGAGAGCACCAGCCACUCCUGCAGAAGCCGCUUCAGGCUGCACCGAUCUUUUCUGGACCUUUGACGGAGAUCUCGAACAAUGUGAGACCACCGCUGGCGAACCGGCCCAAGCAGACGAUUGAACGGCGGGCACGCACGCCCGACUCAUUGGAUGAUGUUCUCGACUAUGAUGUCGGCAUGGAAGACUUUGUGGAGGAUGAUGAUGGAGCUGGGUAUGCCGAGGAUCUCGCACGGGGCAAGCGUGCGGGCUCGCAUUUAGAUGAUGCGGAUGGCCGUCCGGACAAGCGGCUAUUAACCUCGUUUGCAAAACCUAAGGUGCAUCCUCCGCUUCAGCCGGGAAGUACACCUUGGAGGGGCAACCGACGGUAUUUGUGUAUGUGUUUGAACUUGACCGGCUGUGUCUGGACGGUUGAUCAAGAAACGCACAACACAGUGACAGUGGAGUUUUACGACCGGGAACUUCACCGCGAUUUCCAUUUCACUGAUCCCUAUCUGUACGACCGGGCGUGUCUCAAUGAGCACGGAACGUUAUUCUCCAACAACCCUACGGACGGCAGCCCUGCCACGAUCUUUUAUCGCCCGCACGAGACGUGGACAACGCGUGCGGACUGGCGGACACAGCUGCCGAAGGGAGAGUUCAUUCGAGCGCUGGCGCUCAGUGAUUCAUACAUUGUCGCAGUGACGACCAAGGACUAUGUCCGUGUAUAUACGCUAUUCGGCACACCGUUCAAAGUGUACAGACAAAAGAGCCCGGCGGUUACUUGCGCCGCCUGGAGAGACUAUAUCAUGACGGUGGGCAAUGGCCCGCUGGGAAGCGAUGGUCGCACGGCCACGCUGCGGUACACUGUGGAGAAUGUCAAGCGGGAUGAAGUGUGCCAGAAUGAGGAUGUGGUCGCCAUCCCGGAGGGUGCCGAGCUGCGGAGUGUCUUCUUCUCCGACGCAGGAGACCCGUGUAUCUACGACUCCGAGGGCGUUCUACUCGUUCUGCAACACUGGCGCACAAACGGGCAGGCUCGCUGGGUCCCGCUACUGGAUACGAGACAGCUCGAGCGUCUUGCGAGUGGUCGCAAGGAGGAGACAUACUGGCCCGUUGCUGUGGCUCAAGACAAGUUCCACUGCAUCAUUCUCAAGGGAGGGGAUAGAUAUCCGUACUUCCCCAGGCCUUUAUUGAGUGAGUUCGACUUCCGCGUCCCCAUCACCGACACGCCUGGAAAAGGACCGGAUGAGGAAGAGGAAGAAGGCAACACACGCGGUGAAGGGGCACGACUCGAGGAAGCGUUUGUUCGGAGCAACAUCAUGCUGUCACUCUUCGAGGACCUCCUGGGAUCCACCAACGCCACUACCGGCCAGCGAGCAGAGUUGGCGCGAAAGGAGCUGGAAGUGGACAAGUUUCUGCUGCAGCUACUGGCAGUGGAAUGCCGCGAGGGUGAAGAGCGCGGCAUGAAGGCUCUGGAGCUGGUGCAGAUGAUGCGCGACCGCAAUGGCAAGAUGGUGGAGGCUGCUGUUAAGGUUGCGCAGCGUUAUGGACGAGGCGUGCUGGAGGACAAGAUCCGCGAUCUGGCGGAGAGGCGGUACAUGGGGGCAGAUGAUGACGAUGAACUGGCAUGA